AUGCCUCUCAGUAAUUCCGGUUGGACAACUCCCUUGUCGUCGUCGUCGACGCUCUCCUCGCCCCCGUCGCCGCGACUCGACCCAAAAUCCGGGGUAACGCCCUUUGAAAACCCUCGAGUUCAGGCCUCCCAAGUGGUCGAAUACAUCGCUUCGAGGAAUACGUCGACCUCUGUCGUUUAUGUGUAUGAUGUCGCCGAGCAAGUUGGAUUCGGAACCUUGACCAAGGAAUGGUCGAAGAAUAGCGAAAAGGACAUUGCACCUGUUGUGGACCUUCAGACGAGGGCCGGUGCAGGUCUGUCUCUUGUAGGACGCCUUUCUCAGGGAACCAGCGUCGAGGCCGGAAGGGGAUCCGUCUUGACUGCCUAUACCACUCCCAAUGGUUUGGCGCUUAUGGCACCCGCCUUUGCCCACCUCCCUUCCGCCAACUCCUCCUCAAGGCUCGUUGUCCAGGUCCCUACCGUUUCGGCAGUCGGAGACACCUUGUCAUUGUCGCCGACCCUCUCACCCCUGUCCUCCAUCUGGCCUCUCCUGCCAGAGGGAGUCGCCGUCCUUCUCUCCUCCACCCCGCAACAAUCCGUCGACUUUGCGUCCAUUGUAUACCGACUCCAAAAUACCCAUGCCGUCCACCUCUUCGACCACUCCACCUCUUCCCGUGAACUCGGCGUCACCCUUAGGGAACCCCAGCUCUCAGGCCAGUCUCUGGAAGAGUUGCUCCAGUCAGUGGGCCAUUCCUUCUUCAAGUACACCGGCGACGCUGCGGCGGAGACUGUCCUAGUCUUCCUCAACGGUCCUCUGGCUCUCGCUGCUGAGGCUGUAGUCGCCAAGCUCUCGGGCGUCGGGGUCCUCACUGUUAAUGUGUUGCGUCCCUGGAGCGACGCCGCUCUCCGUGCCGCUCUCCCAGAGACUGUCCGCGCCGUUCACGUUGUGGACGAGGUCCCCAAUCGUUUGGUUCAGGGAUCCCUCUUCCUUGACGUUUUCAGCGCCUUGUACGGCGAAAAGAGCAAGCCAACCGUCCAAGCCCAUCGUGUCGCCCCCUCCGAAACCCAAGAGUUCCUCAACGACAACGGUGCCUUUGUCCACUUCAUCUCUGGCAUCGUUCCCGGCUCUGGCGACGUGGCCAUACCCCUCAGCGGUCUGCGUACCGUCUUGUUGUUCGGAGUUCCCCGCUCUCCACUUGCGGUAGUCCCUCAAGUGUUCGAAGAUUUCUUCGCCACCCACAAAAACAUCAACUCCCGCCUCCUCACCGAUUACGACGUCUUCUCCAAAGAGGGAGGGAUUUUCGCAAGCCGACUUGUCCUCUCCCCCAAGAAGGCCGGAGAGAACAGCCUACCCAUUCCCUUCAUUCUCCCGUUGGACCAAGGCAGCGCAGGUCACGCUGACUUCUUGGCUGUCCUCGACCAGGGAUUACUCAAGACCCACGACGUGCUCAAGCACGCCAAGCGGGCCUCUGUCGUCCUCGUUUCUUCUUCGUGGUCAACUGAAGAGUUUAUCGCUAGUCUUCCUGCCUCCGCUUCGGCCCUAGUCCACGAACGCAACCUCCGCAUUUUCACGAUCAACACCAAGGCCAUCGCCUCCGACCUGACGAGCUCGGAAUCCGGGUCUGCUAAUGAAGCAGUUCAAAACCUCAUCCUUUACCUCGCUUUCUUGAGGUUAUACCUCGGCGCCACUGCGACUGAGCAAGUCGUCCUCCAGGUCGCUCAGAAGACUUUCGGCGAGUCACUGUUCGGUGUCUCGCUGCUCAAGAUCAACGCACGCACUUGGGCAGAGGCAAACCUAGUUCCCCUUGCGGAGGACUUUGCUAUCGAAUCUCCCAUUAGCCCCCUCAAAGACUUCGAUUUCAACGCUAUUGCUGUUGACGCUCAGGAUGGAAAUGUCGUCGUUAAUGGUGCCCGACUUGCCUCUUGGCACGAUGCCGCGAAGCACCUUCUGUUCCCCAGCGUCUAUUCUCAUCCCACCCAGCCUUCGGACGAACUCUACCCCCAGGAUCCCGCCUUGCGACCAGAAGUCCCAGAUCGCACCUUCCUUGUCACCUGCACAGUCAACAAGCGCUUGACCCCCUUGGAGUAUGACCGCAACGUCUUCCACCUCGAGUUCGACACUUCCGGCACCGGUCUCAAGUAUGCUAUCGGUGAAGCUCUGGGGGUUCACGGAUGGAACGACGAGCAGGAAGUCCUCGACUUCUGCAACUGGUAUGGCGUCGACCCUAACCGAUUGGUCACCAUCCCCGUCCCUGGUGACGAGACCAAGGUCCACACCCGUACCGUUCUCCAAGCCCUACAGCAACAGAUUGACUUGUUUGGCAAGCCACCCAAGUCUUUCUACACCGACCUUGCGGAAUAUGCUACCUCAACUGUUGACAAAUAUGCUUUGCGAUUCAUCGGCUCUCCUGAAGGAUCUUCCACCUUCAAGAAACUCUCCGAGAAAGACACCGUCACUUUCGCCGAUAUCCUCAGAAAAUACCCCAGUGCCCGCCCUGGCAUCGAGAGGCUCUGCGAAUUGAUUGGUGACAUCGCGCCCCGCCACUACAGUAUUGCUAGCUCUCAAGCCGUUGUUGGCGACCGCGUCGACCUCCUCGUCGUCACUGUCGACUGGACCACCCCGGAAGGAGCCACUCGCUACGGCCAGUGCACACGUUACCUUGCAGGCUUGAAGAUUGGUCAGAAGGUGACGGUGUCGAUUAAGCCUAGUGUCAUGAAGCUCCCUCCCAACCCCCAGCAACCUCUCAUCAUGGCUGGUCUCGGUACCGGUGCUGCUCCCUUCCGAGCGUUCCUCCAACACCUUGCCUGGCUGGCUGCCCAAGGCAAGGAAAUCGGGCCUGUCUACUACUACUUCGGCUCCCGAUACCAGGCCGCGGAGUACCUCUACGGCGAGGAAAUCGAAGCAUGGAUCCUCGACAACAUUAUCACCAGGGCUGGUCUCGCUUUCUCGCGCGACGGACCGAAGAAGGUCUACAUCCAACACAGAAUGUUGGAGGAUGCUGAGGCGCUUGCGGACAUGCUUUAUAACAAACAGGGUGUCUUCUACCUCUGCGGUCCUACAUGGCCUGUUCCCGAUGUGUACGAGGCACUGGUGAACGCCAUCGUCAAACUCAAGGGUAUUACCCCUGCUGAGGCUGGCGAGUUCCUGGAAAGCUUGAAGGAGGAGGAACGCUAUGUGCUCGAGGUGUAUUAA